GAAGUUUGAGCCUUACGGAACCCCGUACACAAGUAUGAAUGGUGACCAUAAAGAUUCACGGAGGAGGUUUGAAUCUAACGAAGGAAAUCAUGGGGUCACGAAUAACACGGGUGUUUAGAAAUUUUAACUUGGAAAACCGAGUUCACAGAGAAAUUGGUAAAGUCAAACCCUUAGCUGCCCCACGACAUUCUUCCUUCAAAAACAAUGAAACAUCAGAGUUCAGCGACUCUAUCCACAAGAAAAACGACCCCUUACUCAACCUGCUGAAGUCUGUGUAUGUGGAGUCCAGGGAGCCACCAGUACAGGACUUACGGCCCAAUAGAAUGGACGCAGAGGUACGCAGGCCGCUGAAGUUCAGCCUGCCUGGAGACCCCUAUGGCUUCAUGACAGAUGUCAAAGAUGUCCCAAAAGGCAAGCUGUCCAUCGUGGAAGCCCUGAAUGUACUCAACCAGCACAAAAACUCUCCCAAAACCUGGACACCAGAGAAAUUAGCACAAGAGUACUCUUUAGACUUAAAGGAUACCAAGGGACUUCUAGAAUUUUUUGUUCCAUUUGAUGUUAAAAUUAUUCCACCCAAGUCAGAGGGCAUGACACGGAUAAAAGAAGGCUAGCGACAUUACCUUGUAAGAUUCCCGAUCUUCACACUAUCCUGCACCUUUUUCUGUAUUUAAAUUUGUUACUUUUGCUGUAUAUUGCCACCUUUGGUUCCUUUAUAGUAUUUGUGAGGAAAAAUAUUGAAAUUUGUGUCUGGGUGGAAAUUACAGUAUGACUGAAAUACUAUCUUUGAAGGUAUGCUGUCCUCUUGGAUAUGUGUUUGGGUGAUGUCUGACUUGAUUUGAAUAAAUUAUAAAUUACAUUUA